UAAAGGUGUCAGUUUGUAGUGAAGUAUUAAAAUAAACACCUAAAACUACCUUUCAGUUUAAUUUUAUAUUGAAUAUACAUUUUGACAACAAACAUCAGUUUAUAUAUACAGGAUAUUCCCCCAGCCACAUUGCCACAUUGUCAUUUUUAACCUAAAGCACACAUAUAUACAUGGAAAUUUCUUAGACUUAUUACUAUACAACCUUAAUGUUGACGUGUCUUCCCUACAAAAAAAUACUAAUCAAUAUGUACUACACAAUGUUUCGUGGAUAGAAUAGAUACCUUAACUACAAGAAUAUGUAAAAGGGUUAAAAAAUUGAAAUACAGUUAAGUGAUUAUUUGUUUUUUGGGGGGGGGUGAUUUCUUUCAUUCACAUCUAAGUAGAAUUCUGAUUCAAUCUGUAACGAAGAAGAAGAAGAAGAAGAGAAGGAAGAAGAAGACGAAGAAUGUUCUCUUUAUCAAAUUAACUUAAAUGUCAUAUGGAAUAGUUAUGAAUAUGAAUCUCUAUAUUAUAACUAGUUUCCUAUUAUUGGAUCCUGUAUUAUCAUCUAGAUUGAAUGCUUUUCAAAAUGUCAACAAUGUUCUUAUUCCAUUCAUUGAAAAUACUAUCAUCAAUAACUCUAUUGCUGCUGAUAUUGAUUUACAUAAUGGCAAAACAACAAUAUGUUCGUCUGAUAAUCCAGUUGUACAUACAUCUGUUGGGAUUUAUUGUGGAGUACGUGAAAUUGUUCAUUGGCCUAAUGGACCAGCAUCAAUGGUUGAUGUUUAUUAUGGUAUACGUUAUGCUCAAUCACCUACGGGUUCGUUACGUUUUAAAAAACCUGUAGAACCUAUCCCUGAACCAAAGAAAAUUUUUAUGGCUGAUAAAUUACCUCCUACUUGUCCACAACCAAAAGAUACCAUGUUUCAAAAUUCAGCGGCAGCUAGAAUGUGGGUACCAAAUACACCACUGUCAGAAGAUUGUCUUUUUUUAAAUAUUUGGGUACCUAUAAAAGAAUCGAAUGGUAGUCGUCCGAAUUCAAAAGAAAAACUUGCAGUUAUGUUAUGGAUAUACGGUGGUAGCUUUUAUAUGGGUACAUCAACAUUGAGCGUAUAUGAUGCGAGAUUUUUAGCUGCUAGACAAAAUAUUAUUGUUGCAUCAAUGAAUUAUCGUUUGGGUUCAUUCGGUUUCCUUUAUAUGAAUACAGAAGAGGCACCAGGUAAUAUGGGUCUCUGGGAUCAACGUUUAGCAAUGAAAUGGAUUAAAGAUCAUAUUGAACAUUUUGGUGGUGAUCCAUAUCGUAUCACUCUUUUUGGAGAAUCAGCUGGAGCCGUAAGCGUGAGUACACAUGUCGUCAGUCCAUGGUCUCAUUCAUAUUAUAACAAUGCAAUCAUGCAAUCUGGUUCGAUUUUUAGUAACUGGGGUCUUGCAACUAGUGAAGUAUCACUAAAUCAAACACAAAGGUUUGCCAAAAUUCUUGGCUGUGGAUAUCGUUCAUCAAAUGAUCAAAUUAAAUGUUUACGUUCAAAGUCAAUUACAGAAAUUUUAGAUGCUCAUGAUACAAUGUAUGAUCCAGCUAGUUAUUUCUCUGUACCCUUUCCACCUGUAUUAGAUAAUAAUUUCUUUCCAUAUGAAAAUAGUCAAUCUUUUCGUCAAUUAAAAUAUCUUAAACCAUCAGGAGCUUUAAUGUUUGGCAUAAAUAAAAAUGAAGGUAGUUACUUUUUAUUAUAUGCUUUUGUAUCAAAUUCAAAAUGGAUGAAAAAUUUGACUGAUUUACCAAUAACAAAUCGAAUGGAUUAUUUAAGAUGUCUUCGACAAGUUCUUGACCUUGAUGAUGAUGAUGAACGACCGGAAUUCACGGAACCAUUGAUACGUUAUACAGAUUUUGAAUAUCAAACUUAUCAACAACUGCCUACACUUAAAAGUUGGACUGAAAGACUAGAAGAGAUCAGUAGUGAUAGAAGUUUCAAAUGCCCUACAAUCAAUAUGGCGACUGCAGUAACUAAUGAUUAUCGUAUACCAGGUCGACGUCGUGCUCAUACACUUCCUGUGUACUUUUAUGAAUUUCAACAUAGAACAGUUUCAUUACCGAUGCCCAAAUGGACUGGUACAAUGCAUGGUUAUGAAAUUGAAUAUGUUUUCGGUAUUCCAUUUAGUCCUCAGUUUCAGGCUAGUUUUUAUCGAUUUACCGAUGAAGAACGUCAACUCAGUGAUAUUAUGAUGACAUACUGGGCUAACUUUGCACGCACAGGGGAUCCUAAUAUUUUACCAGAUGGUCGACAUGUGACUGACAAUUUAAAUCCAGAAGAUCCAGAUGAAAUAACUGGAGAUCAGUUAAAAGAUUCACUGAGUCACAAACAAGGGAGUAAAAAUCCAUUCAUUGGAUGGCCUGAAUUCCGAAAUAGUACAAAAGCUUACAUCGUUUUUCGUUCAGCUCCAGCAAACCUUCUUGUUAGCACAAGACCACGUCACCGUCAAUGCUUGUUUUGGCGUCGUUGGUAUCCGGCGUUACUACAACAAGUUGAGCGUAAUCGUCAGCAUUGUUUAAGCGUGUAAAAUUCAACACACAUUGAUGAUGAAUUCCUUACUACAAGUAUCAUCGAAUGUCAAUAGAGAUAACAAUGAGAGACAAUCAACAAGUGUUUUAUAAUAACUGAUUAGUAUAUCAUAGAUUGGUUGUGUGUGUUUGUUUGUUUGGUACUGAUACUGCUCAGGAAACUGAUGAAAACCUGACUAAAUAUACAUUACUUCAUUCAAAUACAUAAAUAGUAGUAUAUUUAGAUCUAAAGAGAAUAUUCAACCCAUCUUACCUAGAUGAUUGUUGUUUUUACACCUUAUUACAUAUAUAUAUGUAAACGUUUUCAACAUUCUAUCAAGUUUACAUUUUACCUGUUAUUAAAAACUUAAGUGAUUUGUAUGAGAAUAAUAAUUUCAAAACUGUAUGAACUAGACUCUGUUAGUUACUUACUUACUUAGUCCUUUUACUCCCAAUGGAGAAUAGGCCGCCGACCAGCAUUCUACAACCAACUCACUCUGUCAUGCGUCUUCUUUUCUAGUUCUAUCCAAUUUUUGUUCAUUCUUCUCAUGCCUGUCUCCAUUUCUCGGCGUAAUGUGUUCUUUGGUAUUCCUCUUCUCCCUUGACCUUCAGGAUCUCAUGUGAGGGCUUGUCUUGUGACGCAAUUGGUUGGUUUCCUCAAUGUGUGUCCUAUCCACUCCCAGCGCUUCUUCUUGAUUUCUUCCUCCACUGGAUGGAAUCUGGUUUGUUAUAUCCCACAGUAGAAUGUUGCUGAUAGUGUCUGGCCAACGGAUCCGAAGUAUCAUCCGUUGACCACUGUUAAUAAACACCUUUAUCUUAUGGAUGAUGACUUUCGUAGUUCUCCACGUCUCCACCCCAUACAAUAGAACUGUCUUGACAUUUGUAUUGAAAAUUCUAACCUUGGUGUUGGUUGACAAUUGUUUUGAGUUCCAGAUGUUCUUCAAUUGUAAAUAUGCUACUCUUGCUUUGCCGAUCCGUGCCCUCACAUCUGCAUCAGAUCCAAUGUGUUCAUCGAUAAUGCUGCCCAGAUAUAUAAAGGUUUUCAACUAGACUAUGUGCUUAAGGUUAAAUGAAUCAGGAAAUUAUC